AGCCGCGUCGGCUCAAGGGCCGCUCGGGCGCCGGCUGCGGCUGUCCACGCGAGCGGUCGUGUCGGGUCUCUCGUAGCGUGCCAGCGCCCCGAUCGCCGCGCGCAGUUGUCGCUUGGACCUUCGGUGGGCUGCGGAGCAAAAUUCGGCGUUGAAGCGGCUGGUUUUCCAGAAUGUUCCACCCGACGCAGAAUGUGAGGGGCGAGGUCAGUGAGUUCUAUUCCGGCCUGGACACACAGGAAAUGAGGACCCGCCCAGAACUCAGCAGUUUGUUCGACACGUCCGAGAAUGAUGAGUUCCACCUGCUCCUAGGCAUGACAAAGCAGAGCGUUCAGCUGGCAGCAGACAUGAUAGGUUUCAAUCCGGAGAAAUACAGCCGUAAGACUGUGUUUGAACAGCGCGGCAAGCUCGACUACAUCACCGGGAUGUGCGGCGAUGAGUUGACCGGGUACGACUUUGCCGAGAAUAUCAAGUUAUGGCUGAGACAGAAUCAGAACGAAGAAUGGUCUCUCGCAGAAGUUUGGCUUGCCGGUAAAGGCCCUGGUGUAGGAAUGGCUACUUUGUUCGUGUCUCACAUACAGGCGCAACCACUAGAGGCUACUUUACAGAAUGUACCCGAUGACGUUUAUUUGUGGCUUGAUUAUCUGUGGCGGAUAUCACCCUUCGACAAUGUCAGGAUGACUUCGAUCCAGAGAGAGUGUCGGGCGUCAUACAGUAUCUAUCAAAGGCCCAUGAUGGCACUCGUGUAGUUUUAGAUGAGCCCACACUGAGUUAUUUGACGCGCUCUUUUUGCAUAUUUGAGGUUGCUUGCACGAAGCCCGGCAAGCUUUGCAUCGAUAUGAGUGAAGACACCUCGAACAUGUUCUUGCAGGGCGCCUUCUCCAUCGAUGCUAAGGCAGCCACAUCGACAAGCGAGUAGCACAAGUACCUAGUGGAUGGUUACAUCCUUGGGCAGUGGGGAUCUUACAGAAGAUUCAACGAGAGCGUUUCAGCCGCGUUCCGGUCGGCCUACAGGUCCAAAGUGGAGGCCGAGGAAGAGGUCUCCAUCGAAGUAACCGACAGGGAACAGAAAGAAGAGCUGAACCAAGAGCGCUUGAGGGCGCAGGAGGCAGCAAAGGUGGCAGUGGAGGCGAAGGACGAGGCGAGACGGUUGGCUGAGGACCAUAAAGCCGAGGUACAGGCGGCAAAGCAAGAGACCACCAAUCUGCGGCAAGCCAAGGAAGCCGCAGAGGAGAAGCUGCGGCUGCAGCAGGAGGAGAUGAGGCAGGAGAAUCGGAGGCGGCAGCAGGAAGAGCGAAGGCCGUUCAGGCGAGCCUCGUCCAACGAAGAGGCGAAGCAGGAUGCGAACGGGGCUGGUGCAAUGGCGACGGCAAGGGCGGUGGCCCGGGCGGUAAUGGCGGCAAGGCCAUCUGGUGGCGGCAAAGGCGGUGGGGGCUGCGGCGGCGGGGGCGGCGGCCACAGCAAGGGCGGCCACAAGGGCGUUUGCAGGAUAGGUUGAGAGCAAGCAAUCACAAGCAGGGCUCCAGAUCGCAUCACCGUCGUGACAGCGCGGGGCUGAGCGGGCAAGCUCCUCGUUCAUAGUCCUCCUGAACAGAAUGUGCGGCCGUCGGUCAUAAUUUCAAUUUUCCGGCGAGCUCGAUGAAGCAGGCCUCACUACACAGAGAGAGGUUGUCGUUCUCAUAUGUGCACCUACACAUCUGUAGAUGUAUACAAUUAUCCUGGCAAAGCAACCUAACAGCGAUGUGUAGAAGCAUAGCUGGAAACAUUGCUUGUGGUAUUCAUGUAAGAGUGCUGUUGUAGAAUUCUGGUGUUCUCGCAGUCGCAUUCGGAUUCGCAGUGGCAGUCGCAGUGGCAACAUCAGCGGCAGUCGCAGUGGCACUGCCAGUAGUUGCAGUAGCAAUAGCUA